AUGGGGAUUGGAUGCAGAGUUUCAAUGGCGAAUUACUUCGUCCCAAGUGCUCAACCCAAGUUCUCUCCCAAGGUUGUACCUGCCGCCGCCAUCACUGUUUCCACUCCUUUGUUUACUCCAAUUCCAUUGCAACAAGGAAUAACAGUUCCCAGAAAACUCUCUGCUAAAGCCACGAAAGGCGCCCUCUCACCAACUUCACCGCCAAUACUCUCAACCUCUGUUUCGAUGGCUACGAGUACAAUAGCUCCGUCUGAGCCUCUCAAGAAGGUUCUGGUUCCUAUUGGCUUUGGAACUGAGGAAAUGGAAGCUGUUAUUAUAAUCGAUGUAUUGCGUCGAGCUGGGGCUGCUGUAACUGUGGCGUCCGUUGAAUCAGAGCUUGAAAUUGAAACUUCUGGGGGUGUGAAAUUGGUUGCUGAUACCCUAAUCAGUUCAUGCUCCAAUGAAGUUUUCGACCUUGUAGCUUUGCCUGGAGGGAUGCCUGGCUCUGUAAGAUUACGAGAUUGUGAAAUCCUGCGAAAAAUUACCAGCAGACAAGCUGAGGAAAAGAGGCUGUAUGGAGCUAUAUGUGCUGCUCCAGCGGUCACCCUUCUGCCGUGGGGUCUUUUAAGAAGAAAACAGACUACGUGUCACCCUGCAUUCACUGACAAGCUCCCAACAUUUUGGGCUGUUCAAUCAAGUAUUCAAGUGUCAGGAGAGCUCACAACAAGCCGUGGCCCCGGAACUACUUUUGGGUUUGCCUUAGCUUUAGUUGAGCAGCUGUAUGGAGAGACAGUUGCUAAGGAUGUUGGAGAACUAUUGCUGAUGGAUUCGGAGAGUGACUGUCCUCGAAAGGAAGAAUUCAACAAAGUUGACUGGUCUGUUGAUCAAACUCCUCGUGUUCUUAUCCCAAUUGCAAAUGGCUCUCAAGGGAUUGAAUUAGUAACCAUUGCAGAUAUUUUGCGGCGUGCUAAGGUGGAUGUAGUGAUCGCUUCAGUUGAAAAGUCCCUCCAGAUUUUGACAUCAACAAGAACAAAAGUUGUUGCUGACAAGUUGAUUAAAGAAGCUGUAGAAUCAACAUAUGAUCUAAUUAUUCUUCCGGGGGGAGCUGCAGCAGAUGAACGGUUGAACAAAUCCCGGAUCCUUAAAAAGAUGCUCAAAGAGCAAGAUUCUGCCCAAAGGAUAUACGGUGCAGUUUGCUCUUCACCUGCAGUCCUGUUCAAACAGGGUCUACUGAAGGACAAGAGAGCAGUUGCUCAUCCAUCUCUGGAAACUGAGUCAACUAAAGUAGAUACGGCAAAAGUAAUUAUCGAUGGGAAAUUGAUAACGAGCAAGGGGUUUUCCAAUGUAAUAGAUUUUGCAUUGGCUGUUGUAAGCAAGCUUUUUGGCCAUGCAAGAGCAAGAAGUGUCGCAGAAGGUUUAGUUUUUGAGUAUCCCCGAGUGGGAUGAUGCACCGGUCCCAAGUCCUUAUGCAUUGAUUUUUGAGUAAUGGAUAGUGCUCGACACAGUUAACACUGCCUUCGCCUGCACCUUUUCCAACUAAUCAAAGAAACGAUCUUAGAGAGGAGCAUAUCCAACUGUCUUAUUCUCUGGAAAAUAUCUUUUAGAAAGUGGUUGGUGAUCGCUGUGAUUGUGAGCUGCAGCACUUCAAGCAUUGUGCAGUUUGAUUUUAUGUUGGCAGAAAGAAAGUAUGAACUCAAGUAGAUGAGUACAUUGACCGAGUUGUGUGUAAAUUUGCAACAUCUACUGCUGGAGGAAAUUUGGAUUGGAGUUGAUUCACGCAGCUGUUUUGACUAGGAAGAUGGGGCACAUACACUUAUAAGUGGAUUGUGUGACGAAGGUUCAUUGUGAAAGCAUGAACCGUAAACUUCUUUCCUUGAGCUCUGUAUGCACAUUAUUCUAGUAACCUACUGGGGUUUCCCCCCAUUUUGAAGUAUUAAGCAGAUAGUUAUGCUGCAGUAAACCUUUGUUUUAA